GUCAAUAAUCAAACGAUACGUGCAUCAGAUAUUUUCGCAGCAUUAUCGCGCAACUAUUGGUGUGGAUUUUGCUCUUAAAGUCCUGCAGUGGGAUGACCAGACUGUGAUCCGGCUUCAGCUAUGGGACAUAGCAGGACAGGAGCGCUAUGGGAACAUGACACGAAUUUACUAUCGGGAGGCCGUGGGAGCUCUCAUAGUAUUUGACGUGACCAGAGCCUCCACAUUUGAAGCAGUGCUGAAAUGGAAAGAUGACCUUGAUGUAAAGGUCACUCUCAGCAAUGGCAAGCCUGUCCCAGCCGUUCUUUUAGCCAACAAGUCUGACCAGUCACGUGAGGGACUGCGUGCCCAGAUCCCAAAGCUUGAUACUUUCUGCAAAGAGAAUGGAUUUGUGGGUUGGUUCGAGACCUCUGCUAAGGAGAACACAAACAUCGAGGCAGCAGCUAAAUGUCUGGUGGAGCAAAUUUUAGCCCAGGAGGAGAACAUCAUCAGCGACACAGACCCAGAUGUGGUGGCCCUCCCUGGGUACAACAAUAACACUAAAGAACGGGUCCGACCUGGAUGUGAAAUGUGUUCUAAAUUUUGAAUGCAUGGAGUAGAUGAAAGAAGGGGAGGAGUUGAUCGUAUAUUUAAGGACUUUAAGCCACAAACAGUACAAUUUCUGUUUGAUUGACAAGAAUUUAAACUAAAUUUAUGCUGCACAAUAAUAUUAUGUGAUGCACAGUAUAGCUGUGUGUUGUUUACAUGUGCACACUGCAUUUGCAUUCAAGCACAAUUACGUGGUCUGAUGCAUUUCUUACUGUUUUGUAUGUUUUGUAACAGCCUUAAAGCAGGUGGUCGAUGCAAAUGUUAAAUAUUUAUCAAAGUGGUCUUGAUUCAGCUAAAACGCUCUUUGAAAAUAAAGGUGCUAAUGGAUUCUUUGCAAGAUGCCAUAGAAGAACCACUUUUGGUUUCUUUUGAGAACAUUUUAGUCAAAGAACCAUUUUUAUAGGCUGUAGAAUCUUUAUCCACUACAAAGAACCUUUGGUGCAAAGUGAAUGUUAAAGGUUCUUUAUGGAACAAUACAUCCUGACAAAUAAGCUUUAUAUAUAAGAGUGUAAGACUUAAAAUCUAUUAUGUGAACAUAUUUAGUGUGAUGCACAACUGUAGCUAAAUAGUACAUCUUGCAUUCCUAAUAAAACA